AUGCUCAAAUUUGUGAUUAUUUCGUCCAUUUUGAUCGCCUUUUCAGCUGCGAUUGAGCUCACGUUCGAGCUGCCCGACAAUGCGAAUCAGUGCUUUUUUGAGGAUUUGAAAAAGGACGUGGACACGGUUUUCGAGUUCCAGGUAAUCAAAUUGUGCGGCAAUUCUUCUCAAUUAUUAAAAACGUUUCAGGUCGUCACCGGUGGACAUUAUGACGUGGAUUUAAUCAUCGAGGAUCCGAACGGAAAAGUCUUGUACAAGGACACCAAAAAACAGUACGACAGUAUCAAUUUCAAGGCUGAGGUGCGAUUUCUGCAUUUAAAACAUUAUUUUUUAGCGAAAAGCCCGAACUCUUCCAAUUUUUUAAGCCAGACAUCGCGGAACUUUUUUCCAGGUGGAAGGAACGUACAAAGCGUGCUUCUCGAACGAGUUCUCCACAUUUUCGCACAAAAUCGUCUACAUGGACUGGCAGUUCGGCGAUCAAAACGCCCUCCACGCGGCCGUCACUCAGGGCGCCCACGCGAUGACUCAAUUGGAGAACUACGCGGUCGCCAUCGGAGACAAAUUGAGAACGGUUCGCAAUUUUACAGAUAAUGGGAUAAUUUGUAGAAUUUUGGCCGAGAAAAAUGCAAAUAUUGUAGAUCGACGACUACCAAACGCAUCACCGUCUGCGCGAGGCGACGGGACGGAAACGCGCGGAAGAACUGAACGAACGAGUGAUGAUUUGGUCCCUGGGCCAGUCGGCCAUCGUCGUUUUCAUCGGAAUCGGCCAGGUCUUCCUCCUCAAAUCGUUUUUCAGCGACAAAAGAACUCGUUAUUAA